UGCUCCUGAAGACCAGAAGUGAUACAGACUCGCUGACAAUGAAGAUUCAGACAACAUUUUUGUUGAUGGCAGCAGCUGUCAUUUGCCUAAGUUAUCAUGGUCUGUGUAUAGCAGGUCAAAAAAUCUCAAGAUGCAGAUGUGUGAAAGUCUCAUCUCAGUUCAUUCAUCCAAGCAAGUUUCAACAUAUCGACAUCUUUCCUCCGGGCCCCCACUGCAGAAGGGUGGAGAUUGUAAUUACCCUGAAGAAAGGGAUAAAGGUCUGUGUGAAUCCUGAAGCUACAUGGGUCAAAAAAGUUAUUAAUAUCUUGACUGAAAGAAACAAAAAUAAUGAAGACUCUCUGCCAAGUACUGCAGCAAAACCAUUGACAGAAUGAAACAAAGUGCCCCUUCCAAAAAGCAGAUUAAAUCCAUUACUGAGCCAAACUAUUGCUAUUAAGCGCAUUGUAA